UUUGUUUUGUUUUGUUUUGGAGGAAAAGCGAUGUCAAUAUUUUCCCAAACUUCAUCAGUGGAUAAGCAAGAAAAAACAUUUUCGGUGAAAUUUUUGAUGAAUUUCAUAAUACAGAACUCUGCAAAUGGACUUAUAUUUUCAUAUGUGAGGAAACAAGUUUUAGUGUUCUGUCGCAGAUUGACUUCAAAUGUAAUGUUUUGAUGACAAAAAAAAUGCUUAGUUCUUUGCUAUGUUAUGAUGAUAGUGCUUCAGAGGGAAACGUUAACGUGUCACGGAAAUCGGGCCCGAGGUAAUAUGCGAGCUUUCUUGCUAGUCACGGUGUUCUAUGUCUUUCCUUUGCACUUCGCCUUUUUUUUUUGGCUUAGCAAGUCCAAUUAAAAAUCAUUCGUGUUACCAGAACCGAAAAAAAAUGUCAAGCUCACACGACAAGUUUGAAUUCUACGCGCCCGCGCCGAAAUCCAAGCUGCAAACUAUGUCCUCCCCACCAACGUGGCAGCCAACUGGCUUCAACCAAUCGACGUACCGCUCGAUCUGUAUGCGCUAGUCAGUUUUUUUAGGUCAUUGGGCGGAACCAAUGCUGGACGCAGAGCGCCCAGUCCACUUUUUAUUCUACGUCAUUCGGUUGCUCGGUAACAGUCGCACCAAGAUGGCGGAUGUGCGUUCGUCGGUCACCAUAGAAACGACACGCAAACAACGCAGGCCUGAGCGCGCGGACGAGGUUGCAAAUCUUUGAUCACAGUGCGGCCACUUCAUUAGGGACAAGGAAAAUCUCUUGAAUGACAUCACAAGACUCAAAACCUCACGACAACUUCUCAACAACACGCGCAAUUGUAAAGAUGACACGAAAACAUACUUUUGCUUGGUAUAUAUAUGAUGCUGCAUUCAUGUACAUACACCACAGCAUCAAAUAUUUAAUAAUAGGGCGCAUGUGCCAUUAGUGCUUGUUUGCAAAGUCUGUAUUUUCUUACUUUGUAAUCAUAAUAAUAAAAAUAUAAUAAAGUUGAAUCUUCUUUUAACUCGAAGUGAAUGCAUAAAAUAACACAGCUUUAAAGUGAGAUUUAUUUUGUGAUUGGAUGUUAUUAAAUGGUGUACCUAAUGAAAUGAAAAAAAUCUUUUCUAUUUUAUGAAUUUGUUGGAUACCGCUCGGCGUCCUGAGUGAGGAAGAGGAAGAUGCCGAGGAAGGUGCAGAAAGGAGGCGGGGCGUCUGAGGAGGAAGGGGAGGAGCCUUUGCAGCCACGAGUCAACGGGAAGAGGGAGGAGCUUCUCACCCUCUUCCUGACAGUCAAAGUGCAGAAGGAGGAGCACAACUCCCGCCUCAAUCAGGCCAAGAUCAGCCAGGCCUGGCGCGUCGUCCUCCGCCAGGCGCGCUCGCAACGGCUGCGCGAUGACAUCAUCAUCUUGCGACAAACCUUCGAGCGGCAGCUGGAGGGCCUCAAUGACGUCAUCGAGCGCUUGUCCGGCGACCUCGAGGAGGCGGAGCGUCAGUCUUGUCACGUGCGGCGUCUUCACCUUCAUCACGUCGAGCGUUUGCGGACUUCGCUGGACGAGCACGUGGCGUCGAUGCGGCGCCGCUGGGAGGGAAAUCUGCGGGACGUCUGCCGAGGACUCGCCGAGGAGAGCGACAAGAUGGCGUCUCUGCACGGCGGUCCGGAGGACGCGACCUUCGCCGUGUCGCGGCGCCACCGCGACGUCGCGCGUGACGUCCACGCAGUCUACGGCGACAUCAUGGCGGCGCAUCGCGUCGCUCAGCGCCAACGAGUGGCGGCCCUGCGCCGUUCGGACCGGGAGAAGCUGGAGGAGAAAAGGCGCCAGGAGCAGGAAGCGGAACGAGAUUGCAGCCCCGCCCAACUUUUCAUGUGCAGGAACCAAAGACUGCUCGACGACACCUGCGAGGACGCGGCGAGAGUGCGGAGGCUGCAGGCCGCCGUCACGACGCUGCGCGCGAAACUGAGCGCGUUCCAGACGGAAGCCGCGUCCGAGGCGGACGCGCUGGCGGCGGCGAGCGCCGAGGUGGCCGCGAAGACUCAGAGUCUCCGCGACGACCUCAGAGAAGCGCGCCAGGCGUCCAGAAAGCGGAUGUCCGUCCUGGCGCUCCGAACAGACGCCGCCGCGCGGAAACUGAAGGCGGUCGUGGCAAAGGGCGAAAAAGUUCUGCAGGCUGCCGCCGUGUGCAGCAAGAUGCAACAGGCGACGUCUUCAUGGCCACACGGCGGCGACGGCGAGCGGCCGGGAGCGGCGCGACCGCCCAAGACAUUUCCGGCAGUCCAUCAGCUGACCCGCCGCCUCAACUUCUCGCUGCUGCAGCGAGACGCGCUCGGCGAACGCAUCACGGAGCUGCGUCGAGACAACCGUCGGCUGAGGGAUCUGCUCCGCCGCCGUCUGGACGCCGUGACGCUCGGAGGAGGCCCCGCCUUCCUCGCAGUCGACGUCGCUCAUGUGACAAGCGACGAGGCGGGCUCGGGCGUUGCGACGUUCUGUCAAUGAGAUCAAAUUCAAAUUGGAAGACUAGAAAAAAUACUUUAAUUGUGGUAAUCAUGCAGGACACCAACAGGAAGUAACACGUCAUGUGGUAAACGCCAGCCGCUCGCCACCCCGACAGCCAAUUGGGAGGCGGCGUGGGCUCCAGGAGGCUUCUGAUUGUUUUUUUUUUUUUUUUUUCCCCUCCCCACUCCCAAUGGUGGCAGUGAAGGAUGUGGCUCCGCCCCCCAGAUCCAAUGCUGUGCAGUCAACCAAUCAGCAAGAGGGAUGUGAGGCUUGUUGGGAAAACUCAAUCAAAUAAAUAAAAUGCGUUGGCAGUUA